ACAUUAUGUGGACAUACAUGUGAGGGUUAAGACUUUGUUUUAAUACUCGGUAAGAGUUAAAUAUGUGGUGUUUAAGGUUAACAUUAUAACCCUCAAGAGAAUGGAUUUGAGCCAAUGCAAAGACCCACUAAGGAUGACUGUCUGAGCCGUGUAACAGUUGCAGAACACCACAAUGCUUUGCCUGAUGGAUGGUCCCUCCUUUAAACCUCUGCUCAGUUCCUUCAGUGCUGUGGUUUUGCAUCACACAGUUAUCUUCCUUGUCCUAACACAAUGCUGUGCAGGUCAGUCCCAGGUGGUUGGUCCAUCUCAGUCAUUAGUAGCAUUUGUUGGUGUUGACAUCAGUUUGCCAUGCUACCUGGAACCUGCUGUGGAUGCUUCAGACAUGACAGUGGAGUGGGCGAGACCUGACCUGGACCCUAGGUUUGUCCAUGUGUGGCGUGAUGGUGCGGUACUGGAGAAUAAAAAACAUCCGUCCUACGACGGAAGAGCUUCACUCUCUAUAAACAACCUGAAGCACGGAGACAUUUCACUGAAACUCUCCCAAGUGAAACUCUCUGAUGGGGGAAAAUACAAAUGCUUCAUUCCUACUUUGGGUAGAGAAUCUACUGUUGAGCUUUUUGUUGGGGCCGUCUCCUCACCUGUCAUCAGUUUAGCAGGGAUUGACAGAGACAAAGGGGGAGUGGUGUUACAGUGUGAGUCUGCAGGCUGGUAUCCAGAGCCUGAGGUGUUUUGGCUGGACGGUGAGGGAAACCUCCUCUCUGCUGGACCUACAGAGACAGUCAGAGGUCCUGAUGACCUCUAUACUGUCAGCAGCAGAGUGACUGUGGAGAAGAGACACAGCAACAACUUCACCUGUAGAGUCCAACAGAAGGACAUCAACCAGACCAGAGAGACAAAUAUUCAGAUUACAGAGAGCAAGAGAAGCCACAGGGAUGAAAUGGAUAAAGGAGAACAGAAGGAGCGCUUUAAAAGAAACAAACCUGAAGUUCAGGUUGACAUUGAAGCAGAAAGAGAGCAGCUCAUGACAAAUGAAACAGUGACAAUGAAGAGUGUGAAGAACGAAAAAGGGGAAAGGGAGACAAAACAUUUUAAGGAGCAGCAGAGGAGGGAUGAAGCUGAGAAAAGAGUACGGACACUGAAAGAUGAGCUGGAGACCAAGAGGAAUGAGGUUGAAACCAAACAAGCUGAGCUGCAGCAGCUCCAAGAAGAGAAGCAGAGGAAGGAGAACGACCUGCAGACUGUGAAGGAAGAGCUGGAGAACAAAGAGGUUCAUGUCUUUAUCUUAAUCUUUCUGUAUUUACUGUGUCACAGCCCAGACUCAGUGAGCCACACAAAGAGGGAGAAUACAGACAAUAUGAAACUAACUUAAGUCUACAGAUGACUUCUUUCAGUAAGGUGAUCAGUGAAAUGAGGUGUUUAGCAACUCUGCUUGAAGACAUUACUACCAGCCAUGUCUCCCUUCUUUUUUGCAUAUAGACCCUCUGACUUACAGUGUUUUCAGCAACAUACAUGGACGCAGAACUGAGAAUUCAGCCGUUGUUUGUGAUAACCACAUGGUCAGCUAGCCGCAGCUAUAUCUGGAGUGCACAUGCAUUCAAGCUUUAAGGGUAAUGCUUACACAGAACAAUAAAAAUACAUUUAUAUAUCAAAUUGUGCAGAUGUUCCAUGCUGCUGUAAAAAUAAAAGAAAAAAAGAAGUCUGCAAAUUUAUAAUAAGCUAAUUAACAAAAUCUGUCUGUAUAUCUCUUCACUGAAACUGAGCAAUAACAUUUCUCUGUUUAUGAUAGCAGAUAGAGUAGGUGUUAUUAUUCAUACUGGUGUCUGUCAGCCUCUGAUGAGUUACUGUGUGUGUGUGUGUGUGUGUGUGUGUGUGUGUGUGUGUGUGUGUGUGAGGUAAUUUAGGAGAAUACAUUGCUCACAAUGUUGCAGAAGACUGUAACAAUUUUUACAGACAGAUGGUUUCUGAAUGUGACAGUUAAUAAUAAAUCUAACUAACUUCUGCCUGACACUGAUGCUGUGAGUUAAAACUAAAGACUAAACAUCCCCUAUGUGUGUAAAUAUAUUGCUUGGCAUUUUCAAUUACAGUGAAUAUUCUAAUUACAUGUAAUGAAGUUAUAUGAAAUUACUUUAAAAAUACACAAAUAAGUUCAACACAUAGUAACAUAAUGACACCAACAGGGUCUCUCCUCCCUUCCUCGGUCAGGUGUCGCUGCUCUUUGUGGCCUGUAAAACAGAAAACAAAAA